UGUAGCGGUGAGUUGCUGAAACCGUUGGAAGGCUCAAGCCUCUGAAGUCCGACGCACCGAGGAGACCUAGCCACAGCCUCCACAUCGGUCACUGCAACCAAUGAAUGUACCAACGUGACGGCGGUCCCGCAACACAUCAUCGCUCGCGGCCAAGACGUAUUUCCCAGUUACUGUGCACGCCUCUACAGGUUACGACAACACACGAUUCCCAUAUGGCGGCGUGGACUGUAAUAGGGAGCAGUAGAAAGUCAUUGGGGUGCAAACUCUCCCUGUCUGUCGAGAAGCUGUGAACAAAAGUGAGGAUAUGAAGAGAUGCGAAUAAGAAAAGAAAAUGCGUGCAUGCUGGACGCUUGCAAUCAUAUUGUUUAAGUCCUGAGCAUACCAUUGUUGUGAGGCAUGGAAUCUGCUAAAGAUUAUGAGGUUCUUCCUGAUGAUGUAUCAACUGCUGGUGCUCAGAGAUCAGUGUAUCUGAAUCCUCCAAAUCAGUGGGUCAAAGCAGCUCUUGAAUCUCGUGAGUUGCUGGCAAUGUGCCUUAAACGGUUGAAAGGUCUCAAUCAGGUUCACCUAGUGGAUGCAAGUUUUGUUUGGACUGAACCUCACUCCAAACGGAUUAAAUUGAAGCUGAAAAUACAGAAGGAGGUCCUCAAUGGUGCUAUAUUGGAACAGACAUUCAUUGUGGAAUUCACAGUUGCCAGUCAGAUGUGUGAUGGAUGCCGUAGGGUUGAAAACAAAGAUUACUGGAAGGCCUUGGUCCAGGUGCGGCAAAAAGCUGAGCACAAGAGAACCUUCUACUACCUAGAACAACUCAUCCUCAAGCAUAAUGCACAUGAAAAUACUAUUGGGAUUCAACCAAAGCAUGAUGGUCUGGAUUUCUUCUAUGCAUCAGAAAACUUGGCCAAGAAGAUGGUUGAUUUUCUGACAACUGUUGUGCCCUGCAGAUGGCAACAAUCUAAGGAGCUCAUCUCACAUGACAUUCGUAGUAAUACUUAUCACUAUAAGUAUACCUACAGCGUGGAAAUUGUGCCAGUGUGCAAGGACAAUGUAGUCUGCUUGCCUAAGCAGCUAGCACAUAAUCUGGGUGGUAUGAAUCCCAUCUGCAUUGUGUCCCGUGUGACACAUUCCAUCCAUCUCAUCGAUCCCCAAACUGCACAAGUGGCUGAUUUGAAUGGAAAUGUUUUCUGGAGAUCUCCAUUCCAGAGCCUUUGUAGUCCUAAACAGCUGACUGAAUUCAUGGUCAUGAAUGUGGAAAUAAUACCUUACAAUGAGAGGACUUCAUUCCCUGGUCAAGGUCCUCUGUCUAAUAAGCACCAAGUUGCUGAUAUUUGGGUGGUGAAAUCAAGUGAACUUGGCAUGGAACCAACUACAGUUCACACUAGAUCCCACAUGGGACAUAUCUUGAAACCUGGUGAUCUUAAAGUCUAUGCUGACAAAGCUCUGAGAAACCGACGUCGAAAGUGGAAGCUCCGUCAUAUGCAGGGAGUUGAUGAUGCUGAUGCUGCCUCUGACAAUAGGGAAUAUACUGAUUUCCUGGAAGACUUGGAGGAAGAUCCAUUAAUAAGGCAAGGGGUGAACAUUUACAAGGAUCCUCGAAAAAUGGCUGUUGACACAGAUGACAUGGAUGAUACUGGCACAUUCCAGGGGCUGGCAAUAGUUUCUGUGGUGCUUGUUUCUUUUGCAUCUGUUGGGGCACUGUCUACAGAGAUCCCAAACCAGCCUACAACUCCAUCUCCUCAGACUCCAGAGAACAAAUCACUUGCCAACAGCUCCAAUACCUCCACAACACCACUGCCUGUGCGAGAUGCGACACCAUGUGUAGUGGGAAUGUUUGAUUGUCAAGAGUAUGAGGAGUGCACACCUGUCAACAAUAAGAGCAAGAAUGGCUUAUGCUACUGUGUGAAAGGAUAUCAGCGAGAUUCUAUGGGAACAUGUGUUCAAUUAUCUGCACAGCAAGCAGCACUUUACCCUGAUGUACUUGCUAGCAGUGGUGAAGAUUUAUUGGAAGAGACUGACAUGACAAAAACAACGACUACAACUGAGAGACUUUUUGAGAAGCUGAUAGUUUCUGUAAUGAAUAAAACCAUCCAGUUGCCUGAGAACAGCACGUCCCUAUCAGUUGUUGCCAUCCCAUCUCCACCUCUUGGCACAAGUUAUGAAUACCGUUGGGUUGUAGUAUCUCGACCACCUGGUGAUGACUCGGGCACCAUGUCUAACACAAAUUCUAAUCAGAUGAAGUUAUCUAAACUCAAGGCUGGUACUUAUUUAUUCAAUGUAUCUGUAUCUGGUGAAUACUUAUAUGGAGAUGCCAUGGCCAAUCUUACUGUUCUUCCCCCCAUUCGAAGAAACCUUCCUCCAGUGGCUAUGGUGAAUCCCAAGAACCAGACUCUUAUUCUGCCAAAUAUGGCUGUUUUGGAUGCAUCAGCCUCACAAGAUGAUGACAAGAUUGUUUCUUAUCACUGGGACUUAAUAACAUCUCCUGUUGACAAUCAAGUGAAGAACCUUCCUGAUGAAGCAUUGAUCAAACUGGAGAGUCUCUCAGUUGGCACAUAUCAAUUGAACCUGACAGUUACAGAUUCAGAUGGUGCCACCAAUUGGACUGUGGCAUAUGUGAAUGUGCAGAAAGCAAAGGACUAUCCUCCAACUGCCAAUGCAGGAAAAGAUCAGAUAAUUUUCUUACCACAAAACUUUAUCACACUCAAUGGCAAUGCAAGCACAGAUGACAAAGGCAUCAAGGAAUGGGAGUGGACAAAGGGCCUCGAUACUCAAGAUCUUGCUGUUGACAUGCAGGAAACAAACAGUCCAUUCCUGAGGCUUAGCAAUCUUAAAGAAGGAAUGUACACAUUCCAGUUGAAGGUGACAGAUACAGCUGAUCAAACUGACUCUGUCACUGUCCGUGUUUUUGUCAAGACUCCAGCAAAUGAUCUCCCUGUGGUCAAUACAGGCCCAAAUAUCACAAUCACAUUGCCGGAACGGACAGCAAUUCUCAAUGGCUCCUUGAGUGUUGCUCCUUCUCCCAUCAAGUUCUGGAACUGGACUCUGUUGAGUGGUCCAACUAAUGUGAGCCUGGAGCACCCAAAUGAACCAGUCACAAAAGUGAGCGGUCUUGGAAAAGGAGUCUAUAUCUUUAAUUUGACUGUCUCUGAUGGCCAACACAAUGCCUCUGGGAAUGUAUCCAUCACUGUCAUUCAGACAAAGAACAAUCCACCUAAGGCAGAUGCUGGUGGAGACAGGCACGUGACACUGCCUUUAUCCUCAGUGACUUUGGAUGGCAGCAAAUCAAGUGAUGAUGUAGGAAUCAUUAAAUGGCUGUGGACUUUUGAAGAUGGAGGACUUGCAGCUGCUACAAUCAUUGCUGAGUCAGACCAUACUCCUCACCUCAUUUUGACAGGCUUGGAAGCUGGCCGCUACAUGGUUUCACUGCAGGUGACAGACACAGAUGGUGUUGAUAGCCCUCCAGACACGGUUUCAAUUGUUGUGUCUUCAAGCCCAAAUAUUAAUGAUGAGGUUGAGCUGGUUCUGAGUGUGCCCCUGAAUCAUUUCACUGUCCGAGAUGAAAAAUCAUUGAUUCAGAAAUUGGAGCUGCUUCUCCCUCAGGAGGGAAAGCAGCUGCAAGUUAAAAGCUUGAAACUAUAUCCAUCUCAGCUUAGUGGAAUGACAGUCUUUCGGUUCCUGGUGCUGAGUUCAUAUGAUAGUGAAAGUGCAGCAGGUGAAAAGGAGUGGAAACCAUUGGAAGGGCUAAAAGUGGAGCAGUGGUUGCGGAAGAAGCUGCGGCUUGACGAGUCUUUCCUUGACUGGCCUGUUUUCUCUGUUGAUGCUGUUAUCUGUCAGAAUCCAUGUUCAUACCACGGAAAAUGUGACCAAGCUACUCGUGAGUGCAUCUGUGAUUCCUUCUGGGUGCAAAACCCAUUCAGAAGACAUCUUGGUGAUAAAGAGAGGAAUUGUGAUUGGAGCAUUAUCUACGUCCUCCUGGUGAUUGGAGCCAUCCUUGCAGGCUGCUACUUAAUCUUGUGGUGGAGCAUAAAGCUGUGUCGCCGACAUUUGAAAAGGAAGGUCAAGCGGAGGCAUCGAUACUCUCUCCUCAACUCUGAGAAUGAAGAGACUGAGCUCCACACCACAAUGAAAGUGGGAGCAGGAAGUUUGAUGUUGUCCGAAAGUGACAGCGACUCGGAUGUGGUUUACGAGGCUCACAAGCGAAAGUCAGGAUCUACCAAUGGUCAUGUCUGCUCUAAUGGUCUUUCGCUUUCAUGAUGUCUGGAUUAAAGUGAUCGAGAAUCUCCUCCGUCACCAAGAUGACUGUGAUCCCUUUCCCGAAGCCUGAGGUGUUUGCUCAUGUAUCUUUUCACUGACUGAUGCAUGGUUUCCAAAGAGUAUCUGUCCGAGCACGUGCCAUUCAUGCAUGUGCUGCAUCAGAUGCACAAGCACAAAUCAGAUCAGGUAUAUUCCUGAAAAGGGUCUUCCAUGUGAUAGUGAAAGUGCAAAUGGUCACCACCAAAGACCCAUCAUUAUUCCAUCGUAAUUUAACCUGCUUUAGGGUAGGGAGAUGGGGGAAAGGACAUUUUCUGGGAAGCACUUGAAGAAAGUAUGAAAAAUCAUGUGCUGCUGAUCUGGCAAUGGGCCAUCCUAGUCUCUUAGUUGCAGGACACACAAGUGCAAUAUCUGCUCCUGCCCCAAGUAAAACUGUUUGAACUUCACCUAGUUUUACUUCACCUAUUUGUGACACACUUCAUUCACUCGUCCCAUGCAUCUCUGCAUAUUGUGUGACCAAAGCACUGCUCCAUUCAAAUUGCCAAAUGCCUUAAACUUGUGCAUCUUUAACCUUGAAGCUCUUUUGCAUUCCUAUUGUUUAAGUUUCAUUUUUUUACCAGGGUG